AUGUCUGCCAUGACCAUGGAAGCGGAGCUUAAGCGAAUCCGUGAGCUCUACGAUCCUCGAAGAGAUUCCACGGAUAUAUUCGCGAAACAAUAUAUGAUACCUACGCAUAAUAAUGAUUAUGAAGAUAUUAUUGUUGACCCCAGUGGAGUAUACGGGAACAUGUCAAACACGGUACCUCCAUACUCCCUAGAAACCCCUGUGGAACCUACGGAGUUGUACACCAACCCGACGAGUAGGCAAUUUGGAUAUGGCCAUGCUAUUCAAUAUUCAGAAGAAGAGAGAAUGCUGCAUUUUGAUCCUAGUUACCGUCCCCACCGUCGGCUCAUCCGCACCGGCCAGGCCGCAACUAUUAUUUUUGGAAUUGUUUUCGUCCUCUCAUCUGUUGCUUUUUCGAUUACGAUUGUGGGAAAGCCAUAUAUAAGCUAUCCCGCGAAAAUUAUUCAGACUGUCUUGGUAGCCAUUGGGGUUGUGAUGUAUUUGCUUCGGGCGUUGGUAAAUUGGCGCGUAAGGGAGGCUCUUGGUAGGGUAUUAGGGAAAGGCAGUAGCUGGGGCUGUGAGAAACAUGUGCAAUGUUCCGAGCAAAGGUAUCGGCUUUAUGGGGAUAGAAGAUUGGAGAUUGCGUUUGGGAGUUUAGUGAUCUUUAUGUUUCGAGAGGCGGUAUUCCUAACAGAUGCAAUUUUAUUAGCUAUCCAGAGCGUCGCUGAAGACCUCGGUGGCCAGCUUAAAGCAGAGAUCCAACAACAACACACAAUUUCAAUCCAGCAGUGA